AUGAACUGGCUUGUGUUUCGCGAUAUACGGACCAAAGAAGAGCGGCCCCGGGAAAUAUUCGAAGACAUCAUUAGUAGUAUCAAGGCAGCGGUCCACAAGGCCACCAAAGAGAUAGAGACCUCUGCGGAACUGGCGGUACCUGCAAUAGACCCUACACUACUCCAUUCUCUGGAGGCCAUAAACACCCUCAGUGGCAGGUGGAAGAAACCAAAGCUGAGCAGGCGGCUCAGAACCAAGAUAUCCGAACUCAACAAGGAGAUCGAAACGCAUGCCAAGAAGCUCGCCGCGCAGCAGUGGGAUGAGGUAUGCAAGGAAGCAGAUGGGACAAUGCGCAAAGGCAGCAAGUGGAGUCUACUCAAGAAUCAGCUUACUGACAGCAACAAACCAUCCAAAAGCAGCGCCAGGUUGGAAAUUGGAAGGCUUAUGCACAUGCACACCAAUGACGGCGACGACCCGUAUACCUUCGCUGACAAAUUAGCGGAUAUUUACAUCCCGCUUGAGAACAAGUCCAUUUUGUGGGACAACUCAAGGUCCGAAUACCAAGGAUUUCUGCAGUCAGCCUUGGAUAGACCUUUCGAGUUUGCGGAGAUUGUUCAUGCCUUGUGGGACUUCAACGGACGAUGGGAACCCGGCCCAGACGGAAUUACCAACAAGCUCCUUAGAAAUCUGGACAACGCAGCGAUAGAAGUCAUUACAUGGGCGUGGUCCGAUGGCAAAGUCCCCGAGGAGUGGAGAACAGCGAAGGUCGUAUUCAUACCCAAACGGGGAAAGUUCCUUCAAAUAGAGAGCUUGCGAACAUUAUCGCACACGUCAUGCCUCGGGAAAGUAGCUGAACAUGACAUUCAUAACCGUAUUAGCGAGCAUAUUGGGGACGAAGGCCUCUUUCGUCACAGCAUGGUGGGCUUCCGGAAAUCUUUGUCCACACAAGACACUAUGCUCCUCAUUAAGAGUGCCGUAAUUGACAGCACGUUCCUGGACAUCAAAGUAAUACUAGCGCUCGACCUGACAAAGACCUUUGACACGCUCACGCAGGAGCAUAUUCAAAAUGAAAGUUUUAACUUGAGCCUUGGCGAAACGUUUCACACCUUAGUCUAG